AUGGAGGACGAUCCAUCUCACACGGAAAACAACCGCAUCACACUGAGAGUUGGAGAACGGUUGUUUCAUACGACCAAGGGAACUCUUACAGGCGAAAGUGGCUAUUUUCAAGCUCGGCUCACUCGUUUGAACGACUCCGACGCCAACGGAAGCUACUUCAUUGACAGUGACCCAACCUUGUUCGAGGUGAUUCUUCGAUAUCUUCGAACCGGUACGCCGCCACUGUUCUUUGACUCCGCUACGAUGGCGCACGACCUUGAAAAGUACGCUGCUCUGUUAUCCGAAGCCCGGUACUUUCAGAUCCCUUCGUUAGUGGCUUGGAUCGUGGAACAGAGAUACCUCCAGGUUAUUCAAGUUGACACCAAAAUUCGAGUUUUCAAGGAAGAACCAGGCACAGACCUCUUGGCUAGCAGCUCUACCUCAACCAGCAAGGUGGAAUAUUUCCCAUCCACAGGGAUUGAGAGGCGGCCAUAUUUCAAAGUGCUUGCCAUUGCACAAACAGUUACGUUUGAUCCUAAAAAGCUCGAGUACUACGGUUAG